GGCACAGAUCCGUUGACUAAUUCAAUAAACCUAGGCCUACCCGAGGCUGAGGGAAGCUCAGCCUUUGUCAACACAUGCUGCUAAAGACCUCCUGUGAUGACUGACCACAUGCAGCUCUUUUAAUCGGAUCACUGCGACUGCAGACCUACAUGAAAGUUUCAUGCUGACGUCUUCCCAUCGCUGGGCUGGCUGAGGGAGGAGGAAAAAUACUGGGGCGUUUGACAUUUCACUGAGUGCUUCAUACCAGCUCACCAAGGCAUCUGUAAAGAGUCAGGAGUAAAUCACAGCUGGGAUAAGAUGUAUUGCCAAAUGGGCGCAGACGAGCCUCAAAAUGCUGGCCAUUCUGUUAGCAACGAUAGUCUUGCAUCUGACAGACCUUAUCAUUCUCUUCAUUUCCACAUGUGCUAAUGCCUGGAGAACACAUGGAGUUGCGAAUUAUGACCUCUGGCAUGACUGCACACAAACUAAUGGAAGAUAUCACUGCCGUGAGACUAGCGAUGCUGACUGGCUUCAAGCAGUUCAAGCCCUCAUGGUCCUAGCCACCAUUUUCUGCUUGAUCUCCUUCAUCAUCUUCCUCUGCCAGCUCUUCACUCUUUUAAAGGGAGGUCGCUUCUUUUUCACGGCAGUCUUCCAGGUCCUUGCCAGUCUGUUUGUGAUGAGCGGAGCCAUCAUCUACACGGUGAUGAGUCCAGAGUGGAAAAAUGAGAGUGAUGGUUAUGGAUACGCCUUCGUCCUGGCCUGGCUGGCUUUCCCUCUCACGCUCAUCAGUGGCUUCAUUUACAUUGUCCUGAGGAAGAAAGAAUGAGAGUUUAGGCCUCAGGGAUUGUUGUAGAACUGAGAACACUACUCAGACGACAGACUCUAACCUAACGGCCGUCUCCUCCAGGCCUGAAUAUUUAGACCCUAAUGUGAUCAAAGAAACUGACAGUUCAUGAAGAUUGAAUACAGCGAAGACACAGAGUGCAUGACACAAAAAAAGGUGUCUUUGGCUGGUGAGCCUAUUUAUAUCACUUUUAUAUGGCUUUUUUUGUAAAUAGUAAUGCUAUGAAGUGUCAAUGAAGGCCCUGACUUUUUAAGAUUUUACUCAAGGAGGAGAGAUAUAGGAAAAGUGUCAUCCUUUUUUUGUUUUGGAUUGUGUGUUAUAACCCUUUUCAAAUAUCUUGUUUUAAAAUGUCAUAAUAAAGUGUAUUCUCAAAGGGAAUUUGUUGACGUCGACUUGAAAUUUUCUCUUAUAUCCAAAUUCCAGAAUAAUAAAACAAAGAAUUGUGUUGUUUUUGUGUUUGAAAUUCUUUGGAAAUGGUGCUAUGUAUUUACCAUUGCUGAACUUUAUAGUUAGAUAUACAUAUAGGCUCAAAUGUUGUGUUCAAUCUCACGAAAACAUUUUAUAACACAUAUUUUACCUGUGAUUAUAUCGCUUUAUGAAAUGUCUUU